AUGGAGACUGUGCAGUCCAGCGCAGACAAUACCGACCUUGAAGAGAAAUUCGAGGAUGCGAAUGAUACUAACGACGAUUCGCAACGAAACUCAUCCCAUGAAGACCAAUUGCAGACAAAUCCUGAAUCCCACGAACCUCGACCUGCACCCGAGCACGAGACACCCGAGCACGAGACACCCGAGCACGAGACACCCGAGCACGAGAGACCCUCUAUACCCGAACCUGAACCUGAACCUGAACCUGACCCUGAACAGCAUCACGAGAACACGAGUAGUUUAGAGCAGAGAAAGUCCGAUGAAAAUGCGGAUCCCAGUUCGGGCGACGAAUCUACACCUAAGGCAUCUCCUGAAGGGCAGCAAAUACCUACACUGAACGCACCAGAAUCCUCAGAUGAUCAUGUCGAGCCCGACAAGAUCGAUCAACCCAAAGCUCCUCGCGGCAGGUUCCAGGGAUUCUCGGCAGCCCUACCUUCAGUGCCUUGGGGUGCGCCUCCUGCGAGGAAAGCUUCCGAUGCACGAGCACCAUCACCGCAGCCACCUGCACCUACUUCGGGGUUUGGACGCAAGGUUACCACUCCUUUCGGAUGGCUAAGUCGGGCCACUUCAGCACCAAAGGAAACUCGAUCCCCGCCCUUGCCCUCGAGAACUCAAGCCGACGCGCGCCGAAACACUGCCGCAUCCUUGUCAACUCUGGGAAGCAAUCCUGACCUCACGUUGAAAGCCUUGGAUGAGACGCAAGACACACAAAAUGGAUCGAAACAGCCGUCAAGGGCGUCGUUACGUGAACAAUUCAAGAUGUUGCGAUUACGAGAAGAAGCGGGCAUAACGAGUCUAGAAGGAACAGAAUCGGCUGAGGGUGGUGCUAUAGCAGGGUUGAUAGGACGCUCCGCAAGUCUGGGAGUUGGAAUUGCUACUCCUGGAAGUGUUGGUCCAGACGAGAAGGUUAUGACAACCCCAGUCUUGUCGCCAACAUCCCCAACCAGUGAAUCGAUACCAAUCAAUCCAAACCUUGCUCCUGGAACCGUAGCAGGAGUGGCAGCAUCCGCGGCCGACACGGCGACACCCAUUGACUGGGACUUUUGGCAGAACGUUGUAAACGAAGGACCGCAAGCCGUUGCUCGAACGAGUCCCGAUGAAUUCACCCAAGCAAUCAGUGGCGGUAUUCCACAAACAAUCCGACCCGUCAUUUGGCAAGUACUCGCUGGUAGCAAGAAUGAGGAUCUAGAAGCUGUUUACUGGGAUUUGCGAAAUCGUGGUACAAACGGAGAAGUGAAAGAACCUCCGCCAAAGUCUCCCCUCCUCAACGGACACGCCAAUGGUAGUGUCAAAGAAAAGGAGUCUGUAUCAUCCUCGAGAUCUUCUAUCCGGUCAGAUCAUUCUACCCCGGCUACCAGUGCCAACGUUGGUCUGGCAUCGCCGUCGCCUUCUCAAGAACAAACCGAUCCGAUGGCUGCUGCUCGCUUGCAGACCCAAUUAGCAGCGGAAAAGGCCAAAAAGGCGAAAGAAGAUUCCGCGGCAAUGUCAAAGCUCGAAAAGAUGAUCAAGCGAGACAUGGGCUCAAGAACGAGCUAUUCGAAAUAUGCAGCGGCUGCAGGCUUGCAGGAUGGACUAUUCCACGUAUGCCGAGCCUAUGCACUAUUUGACGACGCCGUCGGAUAUCCUCAAGGCAUGAACUUUAUUGUCAUGCCUUUGUUGUUCACGAUGCCUGAAGAAGAAGCCUUCUGCCUUUUGGUACGGCUGAUGAACAAAUACCAGCUACGAGAGUUGUUCAUUCAGGAUAUGCCAGGGCUGCAUCUUCACCUUUACCAGUUUGAGAGAUUAUUGGAAGACCUUGAACCCGCCUUAUACUGUCACCUCAAUCGGCGGCAGGUCACACCUAAACUUUAUGCCACCCAAUGGUUCCUGACGCUGUUCGCAUACAGGUUCCCUCUGCAACUUGUUAUGCGUGUGUUCGAUCUGAUAUUGUGCGAGGGUCUCGAAGGAGCAAUCUUGAAGUUCGGCAUGGCAGUCAUUCAACGCAAUGUCCAGACUCUACUGGCGAUGCAGGACAUGCAGGCUCUGACCAAUUUCCUCAAGGAAAAGGUGUUCGACGUAUAUAUGGAUGCGACUCCAUCGUCAAAGUCAUUACUGGAGUCUGGCUUCUUUGGCAGCUCAGGUGGCUCAGACACCGAAGUCUAUCGAGCUGAUCUACUCGUGCAAGACGCUUGCGCUGUCAAACUUACCCCGGAGAUGCUGAACCGAUAUCGAGAGGAAUACGAAACGUCCACCAAAGCCGAAAAAGCGCGCGAAACUGAGCUCGAAAAUCUGAAGACUGACUGCGCCACCAAAGCCUCUCAAAUUCGGUCGCUGGAGAACCGUGCUCAGCAAUCCGACACCGAACACAUUGAGAUUGCAAAUGAAUUGGUCCGGCUCAAGGUCGAGAACAGCGAACUUCAAGACCGAAAUGAAAGUCUGAGUGUACAAGUGGAAGAAUUGCGCAAGGUCGCCGAAAGUGAGGCCACCAAUGUCGAAGAAAGAAUGAGGGCAGGUACAGAACAGGUCAUGCAACGGAACAUCGAGGUGCAAAACCAGAAUCGUCACAUGGAAGAGCAAAUGGCCGAAAUGGAGAAGGAGCUCGUGGAAAUGAAGUUAAAAUAUGCUGAGCUCAACGGCGAACACGAAGGGCUCAAGCAGAAGUGGAACGACUUGAAGCGAGCUCUUGAAUGA